AUGAACUUACCAUCAGUUAAAACAUCAUUCAUUGAGGUCACAGACCAAUUGACCGAGCCUCCAUGUCGUAUUUUUUUCAAAAACGAGUUGGAACAACCAUCAGGUAGUUUCAAGUUACGCGGUAUAGGAUAUCAAGUGGCGACGAAAAUUCAAGAAGCUAAAGACCUUGGCAAAGACAAAGUUAUUGUAUUUUCAUCGUCUGGUGGUAAUGCAGGAUUAGCUGCUGCUUAUGCGGCAAGACACUAUAAUGUUGAGUGUACAGUUGUUCUCCCUCAAGCAACAAAACCGGAGGUUCUUGACAAAUUGCAUGGGUUGGGCGCUAAUGCAAUUCUUCAUGGUGUUCAUUGGGGCGAGGCUGAUGCUUACUUGCGAGAGGUUGUAAUCAAGUCCAUUAAAGAUGGCGAAUAUGGCAUAUAUUGCCAUCCAUUUGAUGAACCAGUUGUAUGGAGGGGUCACUCGCAAAUUGUUAAUGAAAUCUUAGAGGAAAACCAGUUGCCAAGCUUUGACAAUGUAAAAGGUAUUGUUUGUUCUGUCGGUGGAGGUGGUCUAUACAACGGUAUAGUUGAAGGUGCAAGGCCGUAUAAAAUCCCUGUACUUGCAAUGGAAACAGCCCAAGCACCGACAUUCAAUGAAACAGUCAAGGCAAACAAAUUGAUUCAUUUGGAAACGGUGAAGACAAUUGCAUCUUCGUUGGGUGCCCCAUACCUUUCAGCAAAGUCUUUCGAAAACUACAAGUCUCAUCCGACAUAUUUAGGGCUUGUUGAUGAUUUGGAUGCCGUUCAAGGAACCCUCGAUUUAUACGAUACAUUCAACUACUUGGUUGAGCCCGCUUGUGGGGCAAGUGUCGCGACUGUUUUCCGCAAAAAAGAGUUAUUGCGCCAGUUCGGUGAUUUGACAUCUGAUGAUAUUGUGAUUAUUAUUGUAUGUGGUGGAUCAGGCAUAAAUGAGGAGAUCAUCAAGCUGUAUAGACAAUUGGUUGCUGGUACAGGUGACCAGUUAUAA